ACUGCGCCAUCCAAUAACUAUGUUAAAAACGUUCGCCCGAAUCCCGCUAGGCGGUGCAGCAUCGUUCCCGAUCGCCUCGCUGUCAAGAUGGCGGAGACUGGAUGCACAUCAAGUACAUGGCCCAGCAUAAAAGAAGGGUACGAACUUGGAGAAGUCAUAGGUGUUGGAGCAACAGCCAUUGUACACACAGCGUAUUGCAAGCCGAGGAAAGAGAAAUGCGCCAUCAAGCGCAUCAAGCUCGAGAAAUGGAACACCAGCAUGGAGGAGCUCCUGAAAGAAAUCCAGGCGAUGAGCGCGUGCAACCACGAGAAUGUCGUAACUUAUCACACGUCGUUUGUGGUACGGGAAGAGCUGUGGCUCGUCAUAAAGCUCCUCUCCGGUGGCUCCCUCCUCGACAUCAUCAAGCACAAGGUGAAAGCCGAGGACUGUAAGCACGGGGUCUUCGACGAGGCUACCAUCGCCACCGUCCUCAAAGAAGUACUCAAGGGACUUGAGUACUUUCACAACAAUGGGCAGAUUCACAGGGAUAUUAAAGCUGGUAAUAUACUCCUUGGGGAAGAUGGUGCAGUACAAAUUGCUGACUUUGGUGUGAGUUCCUGGCUUGCCACCGGUGGCAACCUAUCCAGACAGAAGUUCAGGCAUACAUUCGUGGGCACUUCAUGUUGGAUGGCGCCAGAGGUCAUGGAACAGGUAACAGGGUACGACUUCAAGGCUGACAUUUGGAGCUUCGGAAUCACCGCGAUUGAGCUUGUGACCGGGACAGCUCCGUACCAUAAGUACCCACCCAUGAAGGUGCUUAUGCUGACCUUGCAAAACGACCCUCCUACGUUAGAAACUGUCAGUGAAGACAAGGAACAGUACAAAAACUACGGAGAGUCUAUACGAAAAAUGAUAAUGGAGUGCCUGCAGAAGGAUCCUUCUAAACGGCCAACAGCAACAGAACUUCUCAAACACCAGUUUUUCAAAAAAUCAAAGGACAAGAGAUACCUUAUGCAAACGUUGCUCACAUGUGCUCCAUCUAUAGAAGCUAGGGCGCAAAAGCUGAAAAACUGUAAAAGGGUUCCUGGGGCAGGUGGGUGGCUCCAUAGGACAGAGACAGGAGACUGGGUAUGGUCGGACGGAGAGGACGACGAUUCUUCAGACGAACGGGCAGGACCUAGCGGCCAGAGAAGAAGCCAUUCAAUAGGCCAACCAGUCAACAAGUUCCUCGGACAGCGCCAUCGAAAACCCCUCUGCACCCGCAGACCACGAUGCCAGUACAACUUCGCGCACCCCUUCGGGCUCCCCUUCGGGCUCCGGUACGGCGGGAUCUGGCAGCAUCCUCUCACAACAGAAGGGUGCUUCGAGUUGUCAGACGGACUAGACGCACUAAACAUCUUGGACGAAGCUCUGGACGAUGCAUCCACGGAGGGCAUUGACUUCGAUCAGCUGGCGUACGUGGAAACAGGAACGGGGACAGACACACUUCCAUUACCUUUGUUCAGCUUUGGUGUCAACCAGGAGCAGCCUACGAGUACAUCUAGCACAACGUGUCGCAGAGAGCGUCGAAAACAGCGCGGCUAUCGUACUACAUUGACGGUGUUGCAACUGGAGGAGCUGCAAAAGGCCUUUCAGCAGUGUCGAUAUCCUGACAUCGUCGCAAGGAAAGAUCUGGCGUCUCGAAUACACCUCACCGAAGCUAGAGUGCAGGUAUGGUUCCAGAACCGAAGGGCAAAGUUUCGAAAGCAGGCACAGCACGAAGCCAGCAAGGCGCUCUGCACUGUGGAUGAGCUCUCGGCACACCGAGCGAACCCGUAGUCUUCUUUGCCACUCGGCACAUUUGGCACCAACGCACUCGGUGGAUUGCUGGGUCCGUGCUCCGAAAGUCCAAGCUCAAGUACGGGUCACAAGAUCAGACCUGCCAAGUGGAGUGCCAGGGGAGUACUUUGAAGGGGACCCGGACAUGUAACUUGUAAAUAAAGUACAUUUUGUUUUAUGA